AUGAAGGCCUGCGGCAUCUGCGGCUCCGACGCCUUUUUCGAGGCCGUGGGCGGUGUUCCGCCCCGCCAAAACUGCACCCCUCUGGGACACGAGCCCGCAGCCGAGGUAGUCGCCGUGGGGAAAGACAUUGUCGGGCGCGAUGUUGAUGUCGGCGAUCAUGUCGUGAUAGAUACAAUGGUUUUCACGGACGGAUAUCUCGGGUCUGGCGGCGCGCAGGGCGCGCUGAGCGAGUACGUUGUCGUGCGGGACUACGAGCCUCGGAAACAGCUCCGCAAAAUUCCUGGCCAUAUUCCGUGGCAUGUUGCCGCACUCAACGAGCCCAUGGCGGUUGCGCUGCGAGCUGUCAAGAAGACGAAGCCUCAGCCUGGGUGUAAAGUUGUUAUCUUCGGUGCUGGACCGAUUGGCUUGGGUUCCAUAAUGGCUUACCGCAGGCAAGGUGCGGGUCACAUUGUGGUAGUGGACAUUGUCGAUAACCGGCUGGAGAAGGCGACGCAGCUCGGCGCAGAUGCAGUUAUCAACUCAACCACAGUCGGCGAUUUAGCAGCAAAGCUGGUCGAAUUACAUGGCAGUGGGACGUUUCCGUGGAGUCAGGGAGUUCGCACAGGUACCGACAUCUACCUCGACGCAGCCGGAGCGCCGCCCGUGCCCAAGCAGGUUGCCAGCAUGGCAAAGUACGGAGCCACAUUCUGUAUUGUUGGUGUUCACAAGCAGCCGACCGAGCUGCAUUUUGGGGAGCUUGUCAUGACCGAGAUGACCAUCGUUUUCAGUGUAGGAUAUCCCGAGGAGAUUUUUGAGGUGACGGACGACAUCAUCGAGAACUGGGAGAAGUAUGCAGAGAUUGUGAGCGACCAGGUUCCGUUUGAAAAGGCGACGGAAGCACUGGAACUGGCUAAGACUGGCAAGGCAAAUAAGGUUGUUGUAGUUUUUGACUAA